AUGCAGCAGUCGGGGAGGACGAGUGCUGUAAAGUACAUUCAAGGAAGAGCAUCAAACUCAGCAAUGAUAAAAGGAGAGAGAAGAAUUGCCCCGAUGAAAGAAAAAAAUAAAUCCGCUUUUGCUGCUGGUCUGUUCAUCAUCAGGGGGAUUUCCGGCACUGCGGGCAUCACCCUGACGUCCUUAUCCAACUCCAGCACGUCUCUCGCCUGGCUCAUGAACGCGGAAAACUACCCGCCCGCCUUUGCCCCGAGGAGGAUCGUGCGGAAGGUCGCGGUCAGUUCCGCAGUCAAGGCGUAUCGAGACCUGAGGGCACACCUCACUCAUCCUUACUCCUCGCAUCAUCCUGGACUCUGAUAAUGGGUGCUGGCCGUGAUAUGGAGCCACAUCUCACCCGUGCACGACGAGUUUUUUUUUUUUUUUUUUUUUCUGUUUCUCGCAUAUUCUUUUAUUUCAAUGAAUAAAUAAAUAGAUAAACAGGAAACGACUAUAUAGCAGCAGC